AUGUCCGCGUCUAUCUUUUUCACUCAUGAGGACCGUUGCACGUCACCUGCUAGGGAAGAGGUGAGGUGCCUGGGCCGUUUUGGGUCUCCUUCAAAGGCAGCGGCGGACUCGACGAUGAAGAAGGGGAUUGGAGCGCCUGCCGAAUGCGACGCAGCAACAGCGGAGCUGUUCGAGGAGAGCGCGUGCGAGGUAAGAGUGAAGUCGACUGCUCAUCAUGGGCGCUGUCAGCCGCGGUGCUACAUUGACGCCAGUGCCACUCUGCAAGCCGCGAGGUCGGAGCCGAGCUCUUGUGCUCGCCAAAACAGCGCGGUCGACGCAGAGGAAUCAGCGCCCGCAUCUGCGACCGGCGCCGAGAUGCAGGACAUCCCCAAUGAGGCUGCAGGCGGAGAGCCUUUGCACUCGGGCGCUGGGAGUAAAGCGACGCCAUUGUUUUCGAAACGCCCCGUGUUGGAUGUCCCGCCGUAUGGCUGUUGCAGCGAUGCUGGGAACGUCUCUUCGCCGACUUUGGCAGCCACCACAGUCAACUCCAUCGGAUGCACAGAAGUCCUACCAACGGCAGCGGUCACAAUGUGGGUGCCAACGCAGUUCACCACGGCUGCCGGACGAGCGAUAUGUGUGCGAGAAAGGCGACUCUUGACAGCCGAAUCUUCCUACUGGAAGCUCCUCCGCUUCAACCCCUCGAGAGAGGCGAUUGUGGCACUGCCCAGCUCUUUAGCUGACAAGUGCGAUCAUGACGAGGGAGUCGUCUUUGGUGAUUCUGGAGAAUUUUCUGACGCAAUGCUCGCAGCGAAACGGGCUGCAGAGCAGUUGCCCACUGGCGCUGCUGCUGCACUUGGCGGCGCUAUCGAUCAGGCAUCUUUCGAGGGCGUAGCGAGUGCCACGUCACCUUUGACAUCAACUUAUGUUGGCUACCCGUGGGUGCAUCGUUCUGUGCGACGCCGACGCGCUACAUCGUGUCCGGAGCGCGUUGUUAGCUCGCAGCUAUCUCUCUGA